AUGCGUAAGCACGAUUCGCACCCUUCUGAGAUUGACGACGGAAAACGGAAACCCGCGCUUUCCCUUCUUGGAAUUGAUCAUGAUGUUGCUUCACUUACAGACCCAACCCAACCCAACAAAACACACUCAGAGGAGAAAGAGCGAAAACCAAACUCUCUCUCCCACGUUGAGCGCUAUAUAUUCCACAUUCCGAACAUCUUCACACCGGGGGAGAGAGGUCACGCGCAAACCAUGACGACCAAUCUCACCGGUUUCCCAUUGGUGUUGAACCAAUUCAGAGCUCUGUUGAAGAAGAAUCUGUUACUAUCAUGGCGGAACAAGAGAGCGAGCCUUCUACAAUUGCUAUCCCCUCUGAUAUUCAUUUUCCUGAUAUUCGCCAUCGACAAGGCGAUCAAGGCUCAGACCUCCACCACCUCCGCCUACAAGAGCGUCACCGACCCUCCCACCCAACCCUCUCCCCCCAUCACUCCCUGCGAAGACAAGUUCUUCAUCAAACUCCCCUGCUACGACUUCGUUUGGAGCGGUGACCAAAACCCUAACCUCCAAACCAUCGUCACCCGCAUCAUGAACAACAACCCCGGCAGACCCAUCCCUCCCUCCAAGGUGAAGUCGUUUAAGGACAGGACCGAAGUGGACGCGUGGCUGUUCAAUAACCCUAUGCGUUGUCCAGGGGCGCUUCAUUUCGCGGAGCAAAACGCCACCGUUAUAAGCUACGGUCUUCAGACCAACUCCACCAGUCUUCAGAGGCGAGGCAAAUAUGAGGACCCUACUGUGUCGUUUCAACUUCCUCUUCAGCUUGCCGCCGAGAGGGAGAUUGCCAGAUACCUUAUUGGAGACCCGGGUUUCAGUUGGAAUGUGUUUCUGAGGGAAUUCGCGCACCCUUCCAUGACUCCUUUCUCUGCCGUGGGUACAAUUGGUCCCGCGUUUUUUCUCGCCAUCGCCAUGUUUAAUUUUGUUCUUCAGAUAAGCUCCUUGGUGACGGAGAAAGAGCUUAAACUUCGCCAGGCAAUGACUAUGAUGGGCCUUUACGACUUUGCUUACUGGUCGUCCUGGCUCAUUUGGGAGACGGUUGUCACAAUCCUAUCGUCCCUCCUCAUAGUACUCUUUGGAAUGAUGUUCCAGUUUAGAUUUUUCUUGAAAAACAGUUUCGCGGUCCUGUUUUUUUUGUUCUUCCUAUUUGAACUUAAUAUGACUGGCUUGGCCUUCAUGUUAUCUGCUUUCAUUAAAAAGUCGUCUUCGGCAACAACAAUGGGAUUUUCUAUAUUUAUUGUGGGCUUUUUGACUCAGCUUGUGGUACAAGGAGGAUUUCCUUACAAGGAUAGUUUCUCCAAAACUUUACGAGAUUUGUGGUCGAUAUUCCCACCCAAUCCUUUUUCUCAAGGUAUACAAGUGCUUUCAGAUGCAGUUGCAACUUCUGAAGAUAAUGGUGUUAGAUGGAGUAAACGAGGAGAAUGUGCUCAUACUGAUGCAGACUGUGUGAUAACCAUUGAUGAUAUUUAUAAAUGGCUUGCAGCUACAUUCGCUCUUUGGUUUGUUCUGGCCAUUUACUUUGAUAAUAUAAUCCCAAAUGCAUCGGGUGUGAGGAAAUCAAUAUUCUACUUUCUAAAUCCCAGUUAUUGGACAGGAAAAGGGGGUCAAAAAGUGAAAGAGGGUGGUCUUUGUAGUUGUGUGGGUUCAACCCCACUUCAAGAAAUAAGUACACCAGAUGAUGAAGAUGUCCUUGAAGAAGAAAGCAAAGUGAAACAGCAACUAACAGAAGGUCUGGUUGAUGCAAAUGUUGCUGUUCAGAUACAUGGACUUGCAAAGACAUAUCCUGGUACACGUAACAUUGGCUGCUGCUUCAAAUGUAAAAAAACUGCCCCUUACACUGCUGUUAAGGGUUUGUGGGUGAACUUUGCAAAGGAUCAAUUGUUUUGUCUUCUAGGACCCAAUGGAGCUGGAAAAACUACAGCCAUUAAUUGUUUGACAGGGAUAACUCCAGUAACUAACGGAGAUGCAUUGAUUUAUGGACAUUCAAUCAGAAAUUCUGUUGGCAUGUCAAAUAUUCGAAAGCUUAUAGGAGUAUGUCCACAGUUUGAUAUACUAUGGGAUGCACUGUCUGGCCAAGAACACCUCCAACUCUUUGCUACUAUUAAAGGGCUGUCCCCAGCUUCCAUAAAAUCAAUUACCCAGACUUCAUUAGCAGAGGUGAGACUCACGGAUGCAGCCAAAGUGAGAGCUGGAAGUUACAGUGGAGGAAUGAAACGCCGUCUUAGUGUUGCAAUUGCUCUUAUUGGUGACCCAAAGUUAGUCAUUUUGGAUGAACCGACUACUGGUAUGGAUCCAAUAACAAGAAGGCAUGUGUGGGACAUAAUCGAAAAUGCAAAAAGAGGACGUGCCAUUGUUCUUACAACUCACUCUAUGGAAGAAGCUGACAUUCUAAGUGAUCGCAUAGGAAUCAUGGCAAAAGGAAGGCUUCGCUGCAUUGGCACCUCAAUCAGAUUAAAGUCACGUUUUGGUACUGGUUUUAUUGCUAAUAUCAGCUUCUAUGGAAACAAUAUUGAACGUAGUCCUACCAAUGGAGAUGCAAUAUCUACAGAACAUCGUGAGGAAGUGAAGAAAUUCUUUAAGAAUCAUUUAGAUGUAGUGCCAAAAGAGGAGACCAAUAACUUCCUAACUUUUGUGAUUCCUCAUGACAGAGAGGCGCUCUUGACAAAUUUCUUUUGGGAGCUCCAAGAUAGAGAAGAAGAAUUUGGCAUUUCUGACAUCCAGCUUGGUCUUACAACUCUCGAAGAAGUUUUCUUGAAUAUUGCAAGACAAGCAGAGCUAGAAAACGCUACAGCUGAAGGGAGGCUAAUAACCCUGACCUUAACAUCUGGGGAAUCCGUGCAGAUUCCUGUAGGAGCUAGGUUUGUGGGAAUUCCAGGAACAGAGUCUGGGGAAAACCCAACUGGGUUUAUGGUAGAAGUUUAUUGGGAGCAAGAUGAUACUGGGGCUCUAUGCAUUGCUGGCCACUCGCAGAAGGUUCCUGUUCCUCAUGGAGUUCAAUUAUCUUCCUCUCCUUCUGUAAGGCACCGUAGAUCUUUCGGUCGGGCAGGACAAAUUCACGGGGUUGUGAUUGAUCCUAGUCAAGUUAGUCCGGGUGAUUUUCAGUGA